ACAAGACGAGACAGCAUAUGGGCAUAAUAUGGUAAUAUGGGUCGUGCAACAUGAAAGCGUUGCUCUACUUAUGGCCAAACAAACGUUACGUGAUGCGCUAAUUGAUGAUGACAUGGACGUGAUGAUUACCAACAUAUUAUCGAGAUUGAUUAUUUUUCACUGUACUUGGUAUUAAAAGUCGUAAUAAUUGCGUUUUUUUACCUUCUCACAAUAUCGUGACAUGUCUGGAGGCAGCAUUUACAGUAUUUCAACGUGGCAGAAGCACAGGUUACCAAGACUUGGUUCAAAAUGUGAAAGUAUCUGAAUCGUCAGAGUAAUGAGCUCUCAACUGUCGGACCACCUUCUGCUGCGGCGACGGCCAAAGGAACAUGAACGCAACCUUCCUGCUGCACUGCUUAGUGUUGUGGUGAUUGCUACUCUUGCAACAGCCCUAGUGCACCCACGAUGGUUUCAUCUAAGAGGCGGGGGAUGUACUCGCAAGUACAUCGGAGUGCACGAGUUCUUCUACAUUGGCUACUUUGAAAAGACAUCACAUGUGUUUAGUGAUGGUGCGAUGGAAUUCCCAUCAUACACAUAUUAUGGACUUGAUGAAGAACUGAAGGACUGCGUUACACCAAUGAUAGUGUGCCUCCAGAGAAUAGUUAUUGUUCUCUGCUUCCUGGCCAUCCUGAGUAGCCUGCUUCAGUUUUUCAUGGAUGCGUUGGGUGUCACACGCAGGUUCUUGGGGCCAAUGCGACAGAAUGCUGUUUGCAGUGUUUUAACAGUGAUCUUCUGUGUUGCCCUCCUUGGAGAUUGCUACUACAUCUCAGUCCUGAUGGAGGAGCAGCAAGAAGCAACGCGACCAAUACACACAUCCCAAGUUGAAGUAAGCUUCAGCACCAGCUACCACCUAGCGACAGCUGCUGGUGCUAUAGCUGUACUAGCAGCAAGCACUAAUUUGCUCCGGGUUCCUUCAGCCAGCAUGACUGUUUCAGAACCUUUAUUAGAUGAUGGAAGUGAUGAAUUUUCUGUGGGGAUUUCACACUCCGAAGUGUGGUCUCACCAACAAGGUUUGACUUGCCUGCAAAAUAUGCCCCCGUUGCCACCCUACACGCCGUGAAUUUCACUUUGUUGUGUAUAUGUAGUGUUUUUUGUUUCCUGGUUACAUUAAUGUGCCUUCCAGGUGAUUCUUUGCUAUAAUAUUAUGCUUUAGAAUUAAUAGUCACAAAUAAAUACAAACUUGUACUGUU